AUGAUCCGACGUUUCCCAUUCACACAGACGUACAAGAGUCUCGCGGCCACGCUACGGGACUUCAAGCCGCCAAAUCGACCUACCCAUGCGUUCAUGUCAAACUCUGAACUUGAAGAGGUUCUGUAUCAUAAUUGGAUCGUAAGGACAUCUUCCACUCUUCCUAAAAGAAUCAUAGGACACUUAAUAAACUCCAAGAAUAGCACCCAGACCGAUAGCUCGUCUCUGAAACUGUCGUCCUCACCAUCCUUCAAAUUGCAUCCGCAUCAUUAUUAUUACAUUCCUCGUGAUCUUCAUGUUGAUGAUCUUUAUGCGGAAAAUAGUGCCACUGAAAAAGUCUUGACAAGCUUUGAACAUGAGGAUUUGGCCCAUAUGGCCGAUAUCCUUCAAUCUUAUAAAUUAGAGCAUCAAAAGGUGAUUGAACCGGAACUUGUCAAUAUUUUAAUGAAACUUACUCUCAGUGAAAUCCCCUUACCAGACUUGUUGCCAUAUGAAAAUGAAGUUGAACCACCGUUAUAUCGUGAGAAAUAUAAAACGAUAGACUCUUUACUUCAUGUGAAUGAUUCCCCAUUCUAUCGCUUCAUCUAUGAUCGAAUACCUCACCUUUAUAGAAUUUGUUCAUUGUAUGAACCAUUAAUGUUUAAUGAUCGAGAUUUCCAAGAAUAUUAUAUCUGGCUUUGUUAUCAUACCAAUGAUCUAGAGAAAUUGUCUCUUACUUUGAAAGCUUAUCUCAAGCAACAGGAUACUUAUGACUCCAAAGUUUUGUCAUAUGCUGUCAUUGCUCAUCUCACUAAUUAUGACGUUCGGUCUGCCUUGAACACAUACAAGGAGAUCAUGUCGCAUGGGAUGCGCCUUGAGCCAGUGUUCAUCGAAUCCAUCCUACAACUGGCCCUCAAAUAUGAUUCAUUAUUUGUAAAUAUUCGUGAAUUUAUUGUCAUUUGGAUGACAAGUAAAAACAAUGGUCAAGAGAAUCCACUUUCACCCAAGGCAUUGGCCCUAGCACUUAGAGAGUAUCUGAGAUACUCUACUAAGGAAGAUUUAGACGCUCUUACUCCUGGUGAACUGGACAUCAUGUCGUCCCAUUAUAUGGUCAGAUCUCAAUUGCUUCGUACGAGAAUUUUGAGUAGAUACCCUACUCAACCACAAAAGCCAGUGUUAAAAGAAGAUUUGGCGGAAAUCAAUGAUAUCGCUAAAUCACUUUCCUUUUUGGAAUUGAAAGAUUUUUAUUAUCAAAUGAUGAGAUUUUUCGCUCAAAAGAAAAAUGUUAAUAUGGUAAUUUUCAUUCUGUACAAGAUGAAACAGGAUAAAAUCGAUGUGGAUCCGAAAUUCGUCAAGCUUAUACUGCACAUGUACUCCAGAGUUGAUAAAUACUUCACCUUGUUGGAUUUUUUACAAUUCACUUCUCAAAGAAUUUCAUAUCAAGAUCAAUUUUUGGUGGAUCUUUAUCAAGGGUUUGUUAGAACAUAUCCCUACCAUGCCCCUAAGUUCCAUGUCGAAUUCAUUAAUUGGACCAAGACCACUGGUAAUGGCACCAAAUUGAUUGGUCUAUUGCAAGUGGAAAAACUCCCAUCCAACUUGUCGCCUUACAAAUGUGUAGUACCAUUUUUCAAACCAUUAAAAUAUGAUACCAAGAAAUGGUCAAGACUUGGACCACAUGGAAACACGACCCAAUUGAAUUUUAGAUUGAAAACUGGGUUUAAUGAAUUGUUUCAACGUGGAGUUAAACCUGAUUUCACCAUCAUUGAAGAAUCUUAUAAUGCACUUCCACGUAAUAGAAGAUUUGAAAUUCUUGAAAUCAUGAAUAAGGCACAAGUAGAUUCUCCACAUAAGAAAUUGGCCAUGAUGAAGCUUCAUAGAGAGAAAUAUACCAAGAAAUAUUUGGAAGAUUUCCUUAGAAAUGAAGGGAAUGGACUUAAUGCUCAAAAUCGACUCCAUAUUUCCCUUGUAUUAUUGAAGAAUGGGUUAGGGUAUUUGGCGGCCAAAUUUCUCGGAUCAAUUAGACCUGAGCAACUUAAUGAUAAACUUUGUAUGGUGAAAUUAUACAAGACUUUGAGAGUUCAUAUGGCUAUGUAUCACAUGCAAUCCUUCAUUGAAACAAUAGAUGCAUUCCCCAUAAACGAUAUUGUUUUAAAUCCAUACAUCUAUGAUAAAUGUUGCGAUUUGGAACGCAAACUACUUGAUAGAAUCAAGGAACAAAACUUCAAUGAUAAGAACAACAUUCAUUUCAUUGCAUUGGAAAGACUUCGAGGAUUUAUUGGAGAUGUAAGAGUUCGACUUGAUAGUGAUAAAAUUGAUGUUGAACAGAAAAUUAAACAAACCUUCACAUUUUUAACCGAAUGGAUAGAGAAAGAUUCAAAUAUUGAUGAGAGAAAAGUUUAG